GACAAAAAAGCCAAAUUCAGUCUAAACAUCUCGCUGACUGUGCAACAAACCAUAAUACCAGGCUGAUUUUUAGUUUUAAGUAACCCUUGGACAUAAAGCCUGCUUCCAGAAGACUGGACACCUCUGCACAUGCACUUUCCUAGCUCCAAUCUCUUGUCUUUCUGCACAAUCAAGAUGCAUUAAACUCUUGGGUUGGCUUCCAAAGUCCAGAAGCCCCAGACUGCAGCCCAAAACAAUUGACAGCUAUUCAUGGAGGAGUAAAAAGCUCCUGCAAUUUAAAUACUUUUUUUUUUUUUGCAGACUGGAAAUUAAAAAAAAAUGUCUAAUUUGGACAUAAGUGGGGAUGCGUUCAAGAGUCUGAAGGGACUUUGCACGGUUUAAGUCCUGCAUUUCACCCCCCCCACUGGAGCCCAAACAGGACGGUGGGGGGGGUCGUGCCCAGUUCCCACUCGUUUGCACUCCUGCGUGUCAACACGCGCAUCAAAUAACAACUCCAGGCGCCUCUCGCGCGCUCCACAACGCGCAGGCGCGCCGGCGGCUCCCCUCCACCGCUCCCCUCCCCCUUUCGAGCGGGAAAAAAAAAGGCUUCGGCAGAAAAUGGCGGCUCUCUCUUUCGCCUCGGCUCUCCCCCGUCUCCCGAUCUCCGCGCCUGCGCAGUCGGACUCUCAGAUGUCCCUGGUAGAUUUGGGAAAGAAGCUUUUAGAAGCUGCUCGAGCCGGCCAGGAUGAUGAAGUUCGCAUUCUGAUGGCCAAUGGAGCACCUUUUACUACAGAUUGGCUGGGGACCUCUCCACUUCAUCUAGCAGCACAGUAUGGACACUAUUCAACUACGGAAGUGUUAUUACGAGCAGGAGUAAGUCGAGAUGCAAGGACCAAAGUGGAUCGGACGCCACUUCACAUGGCAGCUUCAGAAGGCCAUGCAAGCAUUGUAGAAGUUUUGCUUAAGCACGGUGCAGAUGUAAAUGCAAAAGACAUGCUGAAAAUGACUGCUCUGCAUUGGGCCACGGAACACAGUCAUCAAGAAGUAGUGGAACUCUUAAUAAAGUACGGAGCAGAUGUCCAUACCCAAAGUAAAUUUUGCAAGACUGCGUUAGACAUUGCCAUAGACAACGGAUAUGAAGACAUGGCAGAAAUUCUACAGAUCGCAAUGCAGAACCAAAUCAACACGAAUCCAGAAAGCCCCGACACAGUGACGAUUCAUGCAGCCACCCCUCAGUUCAUCAUUGGACCUGGUGGCGUUGUGAAUCUAACAGAUGACAGUGGAAUGUCUGCUGUCCAGUUUGGUAAUUCCUCAACUUCCGUUCUGGCAACGCUGGCUGCCUUAGCAGAAGCCUCAGCUCCACUGUCCAACUCGUCAGAAACACCAGUUGUGGCCACAGAAGAAGUGGUGACCGCUGAAUCUGUGGAUGGUGCAAUUCAACAAGUAGUUAGUUCUGGAGGCCAGCAGGUUAUUACCAUAGUAACAGACGGGAUACAGCUUGGAAAUCUUCAUUCCAUUCCCACCAGCGGAAUGGGUCAACCCAUUAUAGUGACCAUGCCAGAUGGGCAGCAAGUACUUACAGUACCAGCCACAGACAUUGCAGAGGAAACAGUAAUCAGCGAAGAGCCUCCACUCAAGAGACCAUGUAUUGAGAUCGUUGAAAGUCGGGUGGAAUCGGCAGAAAUAGAAGAAAGAGAGACAUUACAAAAACAGCUGGAUGAGGCCAACCGGGAAGCCCAGAAAUAUCGCCAGCAACUUCUGAAGAAAGAGCAAGAAGCAGAAGCUUAUAGGCAGAAGUUGGAGGCAAUGACCCGCCUCCAGACUAACAAAGAAGCUGUUUGAGUGGAUGAAGUGAGCAUUCUGUUACAUUACAGGUUAAGAAAACUGCAGUACAAUCUGGGUCUGCGCAAUGCAUAGGUGUGCAGAACUGAGUCCUUUGUCAAAGAAGAUGCUACUGGACUUAAGCCAUGAGCUCUGGUGAUUUUCCUGUAUCAUAAAAAAAAAAACCCUCAGAAUUUAGACAUUUUGUGCAAAAUAUUUAAAAAAAGAAAUACUGUAAAUAGUUUUUUUUUACAGUUCCAAAAUUAAUUGUUUAAUCUUUUUGGAAGGGAUCUACAAAUCUACAAUGCCAAUGUUUUUGUGACUUUUUUUUAUUUUACUAUGAAUCUUCUGAGAUGCAGAACAGUUUUAAGGAGGAUAAUUGUUGAUUUAAACUGCGCUAUGUAAAUGAAUUAUGUGAUAGAAACCAGCUUGAAAGCUAUGAAUUAGAUCUCUGACUAAACUCAUUUCCUGAUUAUUAUCCUUUGUACAGCUUUAAGGAGUUGGCCAAGGCCUCUGAACAAUGCCCCCCCCCUUUUUAGGGAAAAAAAGUGUAAUUUUUUAUAUUUAAUUCCUGAUAUAUAUUCAAGUAGAUUGACAUGUAUAUGAAGCUGAUAUUUUUAAAAAUUUUCAGUUUGUACAUAUGCUGCAUGUUUUUUUAUGAUUUCUAUAUACAUCUUCCAUACGUAUUUUUCAGGAAAGAGGAUGGAAAAAUUAUGAGAAAAAAAAUAUUUAACCUCUAGGCCAGGAGCAGACAGCUACGGCAACUUUACGACUUGUGGACUUCAACUCCCAGAACUCCUGAGCCAGGCUCAGGAAUUCUGGGAGUUGAGGUCCACAGGUCAUAAAGUUGCUAUAGAUGCCCAGCCCUGCUCUAGUUGUCAUGGGGCUAGGGGAUAGACGAAGAAGCCGGUGAAUAACUGUGGGUCGAGUGUUUUUUUUUAUAUUGGGAACCACAUUUCUUAGAGGGAUGUAACUUGGGAGAAGAAAAAA